GCGCUAGCAGUGGCAGCGUUCGGGUCGGGCAGGAUGGCCGACUCGGACCCCGAGGACGACGACGACUACAGCGUCGUCGUGCUGCAGCAGCCCAGCACGUCCGCGGCGCCGCCGCCGCCUCCCAUCGUCUACCGCGCCAAGAAGAAGAAGGAAGCGAGCAUGGACGAGGAGCCCGACUUGUCCGAAGUAGCAGAAGAGUUCUUGCACGUCGACGACCCUCCACCGCCGCCGGUCCGGAAGAAAAAGAAAACCGUCACCUUCCACAACUGCACUAAUCUCGCCUCAGAGCGACGAAUCACAACUGCUUCCGACUGCCUGCGGUAUAUGAUGAACGGCACUACCCUGAUCAAACUGCGGCCAAACGGAAGGCAGUACCACCGAUACUUCACUCUCUCUGAAGACCUUACAUACAUUACCUGGGAACCAACAAACAAGAAAAUCGUCAAAGCACGAUUGGACGUAGACAGUAUCCGAGAAAUACGUCACGGCCGCUCCACUGAUGUUCAGCUUGACAGGACCUUACACGACCCAUUCACUGAAGACUGCGCCUUUUCCAUUAUGUACGGUGACAACUUCGAGUCCCUAGACUUCCUAGCUUCCUCGGCAGUGGAAGCAAACAUCUGGGUGGUGGGACUCAACGCCUUGAUGGGACUACAAAAAGACCCGUUGGAGGAGAAAGAGAAGAUGCGAGAACGCUGGCUGCAGAAGAGCUUCGAGGUGGCUGUAGCUGCUGUCCCGGAGUCUGAGGACGGCACACUGGACCAGCAGCAGGUGGUGACGCUGGUGCAGCGAGUCUCGGGCCGCGCCUUCAGCAGCGACCAUAUCCUGCAGAAACUUGCCGAAUACGACUACGUGAACAACCCUGGAAGGAGGGGACAACUUGACUGCAGAGGAUUCGUUGAAAUAUAUAAGGAAAUUACAGCCAGACCGGAUAUUUAUGCCCUCAUGUACAAGUUCGCACGCAGAGACUUUUUCACGGCUUAUGACCUACUCUUCUUCUUGGCAGGCGAACAAGGACUGAAAGACGUAACACUGGAGAGAUGUAUGGAACUCAUCAACAACUAUGAGACUACAGAAGAAGGUCGCAACAAUAAGUACCUGACAGUCGAUGGUCUCGCAAGAUAUUUGACAUCGAAAGAAUGCGACGUGUUUGCUCCAUCACAUGCGGUUUUAUGGCAGGACAUGUCAAAACCGAUUACUGACUACUACAUUUCCAGCUGCCAGAAUUCGUUCCUUUCAGAAGGUCAGCUGAGAGGGGAUACUGGCGUAGAGGGAAUCAUCCGGGCGCUUGGCAGUGGCUGCCGAUCUGUCAGAAUUGACUGUUGGAAUACUUCACUAGAACAGACUGCCAAUCCAGAAAAUUAUGAAGAAACAAAGGUUCUCUUCCAAGAUUGUUUGGAAGUCUUCAGAGAGUUUGGUUUUCUCUCAACACCAUAUCCGUUGUUUGUCCACUUACAAAAUCACUGUGACAUAAAUGAGCAGAGGAAACUAGCAUCUGCGAUUAGAGAUGUGUUACGUGAUGCAUUGUAUGUGCAUCCAGAAGACAGCCAGACAGAUAUUUGUGAAAUGACACUCGAAGAUCUGCGAGGAAAAGUAGUGAUUAUGGGACACAAGUUGCCACCAGACUGCAAAGAGGACGUGGGAGAAGUCCAUGAUGAGCUCCUCGAUGAUGAUGGUGCAGUAAUAGAUGGAGAAACUCAUCUUCUUUGUAGGGAGCUAUCAGAUUUAAUAUCACUUGGAAGCAUACAGGUGAAUGAAUCUCACUCUGCAGUGUCCAAUGAAGUGGAAGUUGUUUCUAAAACAUUCACUGGGAAAAUGACAUCCACUUACCUAGAACCAUUCUUAAAUGAAUAUAAAAGGUACUUCACUAAGAUUAUCUUCAGUGAUUCAAAAAAUGUGCCUCAAAACAACAAACCAUUGGAUACUUGGAGCUCUGGCUGUCAAAUGGUGGCCUUAAACUACCAUGGCUCUGGCCAUUUGAUGGACAUAAAUGACGGAAGAUUUCGUGAAAAUGGGGGAUGUGGAUAUGUUUUAAAGCCAGAAAUCAUGCGAGAUCACUUCACUUUAUAUAAAUCUGACAUGAAAGACUGGAUACCUGGAGUGAAACCUCAAGUACUGCAUAUAAAGGUGGUGUACUUUGUUAAAACUAAACUUUACGUAAUGAUUCUACAAAAAAGCCUCAUCAUGAAGUAUACUGGACAGUUUGUUUUGUAUAAUGAUUGUUUCUACAGGAUGUGGAUGCUUUACAGAGGAUAACAAUCCAAGUAUUUUUCUGAAAAUACUGUACAGGAGUUAUUGAAUGUAUAGCAUUUAUUUGCUGUUUUGUCUAAUCAUAAAAUAUUUCUGAAGCUUUCAAAUCACAUUAGGCAACUUGAUAUCAUUGUUAUUUGGAGGAAGGAAAGUGUUCACGAGAGAGGAGCAACGAAGAUUUGUACCACUACUUGUUUGUAGCUGUGAAGAUCACAAAAGAAUAUGAAAUAUUGAUACAAUUGAAGAUUAAAAUACUGCAGUAAAUUGAAGUAGGUUUCUUGUCUUGCUGUUGCUAUGAUACCACAAAAUUACUUGAGGUUUAAGUAUAAGUAUCCCUGAAUGGAAAUGUAUAAGAGUUUUCUUUGACCAACAUCAUGUUGUU